AUGUCCUAUUUUCUCGACGGCAACCAAAUGAUCAGUGGAUCAGGCAAUAAGACCGCUCGGCGAUGGAACCUGCGGGAGGGCAAGGAUAUUAAAGAGGCUCGCGAGGUUUGCAAGAAUCGUAUAGAAGUAGUGGGGGUAUCAAGGGAUGGUCGACGGGUUAUCGCUGCAGCUGACAAUCUGAUCGAGUGCAUCGAUGUCUCCCCGGAUAGCACGCUGCUGGCGGGUGUGUUGGUCGAUUCUGUGCGGAUAUGGCACUUGGACACAGGCGAACUCGUGGCAGGUCCAUUCGAAUGUGGAGAUGAUGGUAUUCGCCAAUCAGCACUUCGAUUCUCGGAAGACUGUCGCAAGUUGGCGCUGCUGUCAGCGGCGGGGCGGUUCCUUCAAGUGUGGGAUAUCCAAACGCAGAACUUGGAUGUACAAAAAUCUGCCACUUUCAACGGUGGGCCGCAUUCAACUAGCCUCACUAACAGUAACACCACCACAACAAUCUAUGAGUUUGACGCGUCCACGCUCGAGACUAUCGGAGCCCCUUUCAAAGGGCACACUGAUAUCAUCACCGGUCUAGCACUCUCAUCUGAUUGUACUCUUCUCGCCAGCUCUUCCUGUGACAGCACCAUUAAGCUCUGGGCUUUCGAGUCCCGCCAGCUCCUCGCUUCAUUCGACGUCGAGUCUCCCUUAACCCUCCUCUCACCCGAUUCACGCCAACUGGCUUACACGACUUUUUUUGAUAGCAAUAUCCAUAUAUGCGACAUUCCAGCCGACAUUCUUGCUAGCGUUGGGCUUUCAGAAGAAUCGCAGCCAAGUACCAGUAAAUCUAAACGUUCACACCAUGCUAAUCUACUCAAUUCCGAUGCAACACAUCGUCCCAUGUGCCAUAAACCGGUGAUAACACCUGUCAUGUCUCCAAUCCCUCGACCUUUGCCUACAAGGGACCCAAAUACUUUCCUUCGUUUUCGACGCAAGCUCCUUCCCUCCCCUUCUCUUUGCUUCCCAGUUGACUUGACGGUUCUCUUGCAGUUCCCUGCUACAUCCCCCCUACCUCGACCACUUAUACAACCCAACGAGAACUCUCGACCCACGCCGGUACCACCCACCAGCCAAUUUUCCGCUACCAAUACUUCCGCAACCCUCAAAUCCAGCUUACAUCGAAUGUCAACGUGGCUUACCCCUCAGAUAGAUCAUGCAUCCCCGGCUAUCGUCGAUGUUCCUCUCGCGCCAGGUAAACUGCGGUACGCUACAGUGGGUGCUCCCGGUGAUGAUGAUGACCUGAUACGCGACGAAGACUAUGUUUCCCCUUCUCCUUCCUUAAAUCCCGGCUCUCGCGCACAGAUGGUUAACGCCGGACAACACGGAAAUGGCCGGUUUUGUUUCUGUUUCUAA